AUGCAGGAGCUACGCCAUAGGGUCCAGAACCUAGAACGACAGUUGGCCAAUCGGGAGCGGGACGGACGAACCACCGAUCCCAGCUACACCCCAUCCCCCGAGAGAGAAGAAGAAGACUCCCACCGAAGCCGUCCGCGGCGUACUCCCGCGUCCCGAACGGAAGCGGAGAGCACGCGCGAAGAAUCACCCAUCCCGAGAAGGCGAAACGACACGAUCAUCUAUUCCAGGGGAAGGUCAACUCGCCGAGCUGCACGUGAUCGCGAAGACGAGGACGGGAGAACACGACAACCCGUGAUAAUGGGCGCCACCCCAUUCCACCGAUCUAUCCUCAAAGUCCGGUUGCCGAAACACUUCGACAAACCAACGGACAUGAGGUACGACGGAACCCAAGACCCUCUAGAACACAUCACGGCCUUCGAGGCCAGGAUGAAUCUGGAGGGGGUAGGGGACGAGGUAAGAUGUCGCGCCUUCCCGGUAACCUUAGCGGGACCCGCGAUCAGGUGGUUUAACGGCCUUCCACAGGGGUCCAUCUACAGCUUCUCGGACAUGAGCCGCGCGUUCCUGGCCCAAUUUACAACACGAAUAGCGAAGGCAAAACACCCGAUCAACCUUCUGGGGGUUACCCAGAGACAGGGAGAGCCGACAAGGAGGUACCUAGAUCGUUUCAACGACGAAUGCCUUGAAAUCGACGGCUUGACCGAUUCGGUGGCCAGCCUUUGCUUAACGAACGGCCUCCUCAACGAGAACUUCCGAAAACACCUUACCACGAAGCCGGUUUGGACGAUGCACGAGAUCCAGACGGUAGCCAAAGAGUACAUAAACGAUGAGGAAGUCAGCCGAGUUGUGGCUGCCAACAAACGGCAGUCCGGCUACAAUCAACCACCGCAGCACGGGAACGGGGACAGGCCAAAGGAGCGAACCAGGGAAGAGGUGCCAAACAAGACGCCGAGGACAUUCCCCCGAGUCGGGAAAUUCACCAACUACACCCCCCUCACGCUCCCCAUCGUGGAAGUGUACCAACAAAUAGCAGAGAAAGGAAUCCUGCCGAAGGCCCGACCGCUCAAGGACCGCACCGGAGGGAACAAAAACCUCUAUUGCGACUACCACAAAGGUUACGGUCACCUGACGCAGGACUGUUUUGACCUAAAGGACGCACUCGAACAAGCGAUAAGAGAAGGCAAACUAGCAGCAUUCUCCCACCUUAUCAGGGAGCCAAGGAGACGUUAUCGCGACGAAGAUGAGGAAGGCAAAACCCGUUCGGCCAAGCGACGGCCAGAGCCAGAAGGCGGAGAUCACGGCCUCACUGUAAUAAACGUAGUGACGGCCAAAAACGCUGCACCCAGAUCCAGAUCCGCACACAAGAAAGAUACAAAGAUACUGUCGAUUUCCUCCUCAUCGAUGCAAAGCUCUGAGAAGCCUCCGCUCAUCUCCUUCGGCCCGGAAGACCAAUGGUUCGACGACUCCCCGGAAAACCCACCCAUGGUCAUCACGGCCCGGGUGGGAACCGGCCUCGUCAAACGCAUCCUCGUUGAUACAGAGGCGGACUCGAACAUCAUGUUCCGCAAUGUAUUUGACGCGCUAGGGCUCAAAGACGCCGAUCUGACGACUCACCAACACGGGGUCAUAGGGCUAGGGGAUCAUUUCAUUAAGCCGGACGGAGUGAUAUCCUUGCCAAUCUCGUUGGGACAAUCCCAGGGUCGAAGGUCGGCGAUGGCCGAGUUCGUGAUCCUCCGAGACUCGACUGCCUAUAACAUCAUCUUGGGAAGGAAGACGAUCAACGACUUCGAGGCCGUAAUCAAUACAAAGCUGCUAGUUAUGAAGUUUGUUACCGAUGACGGAUCUAUAGGAUCCGUAAGAGGAGAUAUCGAGACGGCGGUCGCUUGCGACAAUGCCAGCCUCUCCUUAAGAAAGAAGUCCAAAGAGGCAUCCGGCGUGUUCCUGGUCGACCUAGAUGCCAGGGUAGACGACAGGCCCAGGCCGGAACCAGAAGGAGAUCUAGAGAAGUUCAGGUUCGGCGACGAAGAGGAUAGAUUCACAUUCGUCAACGCGAGCUAA